GGAAACCGGCGGACUCAGGUAUCCACCUGCAGCGACCAAUCUCCUUUCAGUAAACCUUCCGUCUCUGAUCUGCCCGUGUCGCCACUUUCCUCGUCGCUGAAGCCGCCGGUCUCCUUCCCCGAGCCCCGGUUCGGCUCCUCCGGUAAUAGCCCCGACGCCGACCCGGUAACAGUAGCGACACUCAGGGUUAGAAACCGACGAUACAGUUUCAGAACCCGCGUCUCCGCCACAUUUCGGGUCCUACCCGCCACAGGGAGACACCUGUCGCUGCUCACCUGUCGCUGCUCACCUGCUGUGGCCAUGGCGGCGGGACGGUAAUGGCGGCGGACCGCAGAGUUCACCGGUGAAGACGAGAUAAGAAGGACAACCGGGACCCAUCGGCAUCAUGGAUUUACUGGAUUCGGGGCAGAAGUUCAGUCCGGUUAAGCAGGAUGGUGACUGGGAUACCGCACUUCAGUUCCUGCCGGCCACAGACCCCAAGCAGUUGGAGAAGAAGCCGGGCCGCAGAAGGAGGCUGUGGAUGGGAGUCGGUCUGCUGCUUUCAGCCGCCGCUCUGGCUCUGCUGACCGGACUGCUGGUCUGGCACUUCCACUUACGCAGUGACGUCAGGGUGAAGAGAGUUUACAUCGGCUCGAUGGGAAUCCGUCACCAGCGCUUCCUGCCGGCGUAUGAAGAUCCCGGCAGCCCUCAGUUUUCUAACCUGGCCACUCUGGUCCGCCAGCAGCUGAAACUGAUUUACUCCAAGAACUCUGUGCUGACCAAGUACUUUAAAGACUCCACGGUCCAGGCCUUCAGUGAGGGAGAUGGCGGCAGCGACGGCGUCAUUGCCUAUUACCAGUCAGAGUUCGACGUCCCCGUCCCCCAGCAGACUUCACUGGACGAAGCCAUCGAGUCUCUGGAGCAGCCGGCAGGAAGUCAGCAGGGCCGGCAGGGACGGAUGCUGCUGAAACCCACCGACGCUCUGGACGUCAACAGUGUCAUCUCACGAGCUAUAGAUCCGCGCAUGACAAGGACUUCUUUAUUUGUGAGGAAGUCCUUCAACGUCCACGUCAGUAAAGCGGGAAUCGUCCAGUCUCCGGGGUUCCCAGACUCUUCAUACCCGCCGAACGUAUACCUGCAGUGGAGUCUUCGGGCCGACCCCGGCCACCGAGUCCAGCUGGACUUCCACACUCUGAUCCUGGAGGACGACUGUCAGCAAGACUUCAUCAAAAUCUAUGACUCCUUGGCUCCGAUAGAGCACCGCGCUCUGACGGAACAGUGUGGAUACCCUCACAGCUCCCUCUCCUUCCUGUCCUCUGGAAACGUCAUGUUGCUGACUCUGGUCACCAGCGAGGAGAAGAACUUCCCCGGCUUCAGAGCCAACUACUCUCAGAUCCCCCUGACUGAACAAAAGUGUGGAGGUACACUGACUGGAAACAAAGGCUCCUUUUCGUCACCUUUCUUCCCCUCCAACUAUCCUCCGCAAACCACCUGUGUCUGGAACAUCCAGGUCCCAGAGGAAAAAUUUGUGAAGCUUCAGUUCAACAAGUUCUUAUUGGGAAAUCAAAGUAACAAGUGUCCCAAUGAUUAUGUUGAUGUCAACAAUCAAAGACUCUGUGGCAGAAAGUUAAAAAGCCCAGUGAUCACCAGCCAAAGCAACACGAUGACCAUCAAGUUUAACUCAGACUCGUCCUACGUUGACCAGGGUUUCACUGCCGAGUAUGAAGCCUUCGUCCCAACCAACCCUUGUCCAGGAAGGUUCCAGUGCACCAACAACCUGUGCAUCAACAAGACUCUGCAGUGUGAUGGCUGGAGCGACUGUGGAGACGGCAGCGACGAGGAAGAAUGCAAGUGCGAUGUCUCUCAGAUAAAGUGUAAAAAUGGACGCUGUAAACCAAAACUCUGGGAGUGUGAUGGGUCUGACGACUGCGGAGACAACACGGAUGAAGAAAACUGUGUAAAAUGUAAACCGGGAGAGUUUUCCUGCAGAAAUGGUCGCUGCAUCCCAGAGAAGUCGAGGUGUAAUGGAAAAGAUGACUGCUCCGAUGGAUCCGAUGAGUCUAAAUGUGAAAAAUCUCUGGUGCUGCAGCAGUGUUCAGAGUUCACCUUCCGCUGCAGGAACGGACGCUGCAUCAGUAAACUCAACCCAGAGUGUGACGAUGAGGUGGACUGUGAGGACGGCUCGGAUGAGGACGGCUGCCAUUGCGGGACGAGGCCGUACCGGAGCUCUCGCAUCGUGGGCGGUCAGGCGUCGCGGGAGGGCGAGUGGCCCUGGCAGGUCAGCCUCCACGUGAAGGGCACAGGUCAUGUGUGCGGAGCGUCGGUGUUGAGUAGCCGCUGGCUGCUGACCGCCGCUCACUGCGUCCAAGACAACGGCCCAAACAGGUACUCGCAGGCCGACCAAUGGCAGGCCUUGUUGGGUCUGCACGUGCAGAGUCAGACCAACGAGUGGACGAUGAGGAGGAACAUAAAGCGGAUCGUCGCUCACCAGGACUACAACCGCUUUACCUACGACAAUGACAUCGCCCUGAUGGAGCUGGACACCGAAGUCGCCCUCAGCCAGAACAUCUGGCCCAUCUGCCUGCCCUCCCCCACCUAUGACUUCCCAGCGGGCCAGGAGGCGUGGAUCACUGGCUGGGGAGCCACCAGAGAGGGAGGUGCUGCUGCGACCAUCCUGCAGAAGGCAGAGGUUCGGAUCAUCAACAGCACGGUGUGCAAGAGCCUGAUGAGUGACGAGGUCACAGGCCGGAUGCUGUGUGCCGGAGUCCUCAAAGGGGGCGUGGACGCCUGUCAGGGUGACUCCGGUGGUCCGCUGUCGGUCACCAGCUCCGGGGGGCGGGUCUUCCUGGCUGGCGUGGUGAGCUGGGGCGACGGCUGCGCUCGCAGGAAAAAACCCGGCGUCUACACCCGAAUUACCAAAUACCGCAGCUGGAUAAAGGGGAAGAGCGGAGUGUAGCAGCAGAGCAGCCGACAGGUUCUCCGGAUCACGGGUAUUUCUCAUGGAUAUUCAUGACUGGAGGAGAAUUUUGGCUGUGAUACUUUUUCGUUUUCUCUCAAGACAGAAUAAGAUUAUCAAUAUUCCCAUCAGAAUCAGCAACCUCGGCUGCUCUCCGCCUCCACCUUGGGAAAAACACUUUUCCCAAAAGCUACAUAUCAUUCAGUAAAUACAUCAGACUUUUGUGUAGAUGUAAACUCCAAAGAAUCCAGUGUCUAUAACCGUGAUCGUGUCGGGAACCAGGGACAUUUUUAGGUGAAUUUUUUGCUAUGAAUUACUUUCAUUUUUUAAUGAAACACUUUGUGUGUUCCUCUUGAAACUUACAGUAGCUGCCUUGUAAAUAAUGAAAUAUGCUCUGAGUUUACAUACAGUCGAACCACAAAUGUUCUCAGAGCUCAUUAUUACAGUCUUCUCUUUGGUCAAACAGGGUCAGUAUGUUUUUGGUCUUAACUAAUAUCAAACUCAAACGCAGUUUCGCCACAACUGUAGUCACCUCUCUAGUAGUUACGCACUU